GAGGUAGAGAGAGAGGAUGAGGAGGAGGGACAGGAGAGAGAGAGGAUGAGGGUUAAUGGGCUUGCCUCACAGCACUAGUAGCAGCAGCAUCGGCACUGCGCCUCUCGCCUCGUCGAUAUCGAUUAGCUGGCUUAUCGAUAACACGUCGGCUGCGCAGGGCUAGCCGGGAGCUAGCUGGAGGCUAACGGCGGCAUGGGGUGCGCGUGAGGCGGCGGAGGCUCUCCGGCUCCAAACAAGGAAGCUGACGGACGACGAGCUAACGUGGCUAAGAGCUGGCUGGCUAAUAUUGUUGCUAAUGUGCGAGCCACGAGCAUGCGAGCUGAAAGCCAGAGCUGACUCGUUAGGGGAUGUCGGGCAGUAAGGCGCUGGGCGGGGGGGCGAGGCGCAGGAGGACGCGGUGCCGCCGCUGCCAGGCGUGCACCCGUAGCGAGUGCGGCGAGUGUCACUUCUGCAAGGAUAUGAAGAAGUUCGGAGGGCCCGGGCGCAUGAAGCAGUCCUGCCUGCUCAGGCAGUGCACAGCGCCGGUGCUGCCGCACACGGCGGUGUGCCUGGCGUGCGGCGAGGCGGGAAAGGAGGACACUGUGGAAGGCGAGGAGGACAAGUUCAGCCUGAGCCUGAUGGAGUGCACCAUCUGCAACGAAAUCAUACACCCGCGCUGCCUCAAGAUGGGCAAAGCGGAGGGCAUCAUCAACGACGAGAUUCCCAACUGCUGGGAGUGUCCCAAGUGUCACAAGGAAGGAAAAACCAGCAAGGAGCAGGCAGACAUCUUGGCCAAGCGGCGUCUAGACAACGUGGAGCUGGGUUGCUGGAAGCUGACGGAUGAACCGCCUCCAAAGAAGGAGGCUGUAGCGCCCAGGCCAGACGGUGCCCAUAAGAGGAGGAAGGAGCAGCCACAGGACGGCGGCCCCAAAAAGAAGAUGAAGGCUGCACAUGAAAGACGCCUCAAAAAGAAGCCCAAACAAGAAGGAGCCGAGUCCAAUGGCCCCAUUCCCUCGGCGGGAGGGGCUCCUCAGGGCUCCGCGUCCUCGUCAACGCCGCCAGCCGAUGGUGGCGGAGCUUCUGGCGCCGACCAGCGUUCACGUCAUCGGGAAAAACUGGAACGCUUCAAGAGGAUGUGUCUCCUGGAACGCAGGCCUGACUCGUCUUCGUCCUCGUCAUCCAGCUCGGAGUCAGACUCUGAGUCCGACUCGGAUGACUCCCUUCGCAGGGGAGGGGCGUCCUCGCCCUCUUCGCCGCCGCCACCCCCUCCCAUCGCCCACGGCAAUGGAAGCCGCCCGGAGAGGUUCCGCAGCGAGCGGGACCGCCGCCUGGCGGAGUUGGGCUUCAGCGCAAGUGAAGAGUCGGAAGGUGAGGACGAGGAGCGGGAGGAGGAACGGGAUAAGGCCCGUCGGCGAGGGGACAGUGACGCUGGAGGAUCCCUGGUGCAGCGUGGGAGGAAAGCUGGCGCAUCGGACGCCGACCAGGACGAGCCGCCCCCUUCGGACAGACUGGGGAAAAUCUCCUCCCUCCCGCCGCCGUCGCCUCUCUCAUCCAAUCAGAUGGCUCCGUCCUCGCAGCGCAACAACGGGCAGGAGGCUCGCAACGGCCGCACGCGGGGUGAAAAGGAGAACGCCAGUGGUCCGCCGACCAAUCACAGACACGGCGGGGUGGGAGCGGGCGUGGCCAAAGGCAACAAAAGUCGUCCAAGGAACUGCUCCACCUCUAUCCCCACCCCCAACGGCGGGCGAGGCGGCGGCCCGCUAGUAUCGGUGACCGCGGCGUCACCGUGCUCGCAGUCGUCUCGCCUCGGCGCGGCAGGGCGCUCGCACGUAAUGAAGCGUAGCCCUCCAGCCGUGCCGUCGCCACCCCGUCCCGUCCAGAUGGAGCGCCACCUGGUGAGGCCGCCACCUGCCUGCCCCGAACCCAGCUGCCUUCCGCUGGACUCAGGCCGCGCUCACGUCAUGCCGCGCGAUGUGUGGCUGCGCGUCUUCACUUUCCUCAGCCAGCGAGAGUUGUGCCUGUGCAUGCGCGUGUGUCGCACCUGGAGCCGAUGGUGUUGCGACAAGCGUCUGUGGAGUCAGAUCGACCUGAGCCGCCAGCGCUCCAUCACGCCACCCAUGCUCAGCGGCAUCAUUCGCAGGCAACCCGUCUCGCUGGACCUCGGAUACACCAACAUCUCCAAGAAACAGCUGCUUUGGCUCCUCAGCCGAUUGCCUGGCCUAGUGGAGUUGACGGUGGCCGGCGUUGCGUGGCCCGCUGUCUCCGCGUUGUGUCAGACAGUGUGUCCAUGUUUGCGUGUGUUGGAUUUGAGCGGCGUGGACGACUUGAAGGAUGCUCACUUGAGGGAGCUGCUGGCCCCGCCCCCUGACAGCAGGACCGCGCGCGAGGGAGUCGUCGGCGGUGGUGAGUUGCGGGCCGGCCGUUUCCACGGCGUGACCGAGCUGCGUCUCUCCGGGUUGGACCUGACGGACGCCGCGUCGCGUCUGCUGGUGCGCUUCGUGCCGCGCCUGGCCAAGCUGGAUCUCAGCUACUGCGCCAGCGUGUCGGAUCACAGCGUUGCCACACUGGCCGCACCUGCCUCGCCGCUCAGGCACACCCUCACACACCUCAACCUAGCAGGUUGCACCAAGGUGACAGAGCAGAGCGUGCCGCUGUUGCGCCGUUGUCCGUCGCUGCAGACCGUGGACCUUCGCUCGUGCUCGCUCCUCCCCGCCGAAGCGGGACAACUUCUCAGCUUCCCCGCUCAGCCGUCCUCAUCGUCGUCUUCGUGCUCGUCCGCUUCCUCUUCCUCCGCCGUUCUCGCUGCUACCACUUCCUGUCCCCCUGAUGACAGGACGCUGCUAAAGAGCAGCUAAAUGUUAACGCCAAGUGCCCGCGGCGUUGUUUUGAGGACACUAAAGGUGAGGAAGAGGGUGUCAGCGUAACUGAGUGGUGUGUACAUAUUUGUUCUCUGUACAAUGGGUGUGUGCGUGCGUGUAUCUGUCGUUUAAUGUCAAAGAGUGUCCAUGCGCCCCCUUCAUUCAACACUCCCAGACGCUUGUCGGACUUGGCUCCCAAAAGUAUCCAUCUCCUACCUCGGCGGUCUUCAGCGCAACGCUACCGCCGACGUCCAGAAACACAAAGUCUUCCGGCUAAAAUGUCGACACGUCCUCGCGCCAAGUUGCGAGGUUCAACUAAGCAGCCACUGUGGUGUCGAGACAUUGAACUCUUUCACUGCCAGCCAUUUGCACAACAGCUAAUCCGUAGCCCUUUGAUCACAUUGAUGCUAGUAGAAGUGUUCAAUCUUGCCAAUAAUGAGUGCCGUGACCACUUCUGAUAAUUGUGAGCAAAGGCCUUAAAUUCAUUCUUACUUACACGCUAUAAUUUGCCGAUCGUCUCAACGUCAACUAUAAAUGAUAGAUGAACCAGAGUUGCUUUAAAAGUGAAUGGUUUUUACGUUGACCACACAGUACGUUUGGCAUAUGAUUACUUCUUACAACACUCAAUUUAAGGACUUGCGUCAACAACCUUCCUUCUGUUCUGACGGUUUUAAUGUCAUAAAUUAAUGGGCUGCCACUGACGGCGAUAGACGUCCAAUCCUUUUUGACGGUCAAUGGUGCCAAAACAUGAUCAUUUAAUGCCAGCCAGCCCAGUUGAAAUGGAUCUUAAACUUGGCAGCGGCAGUGAAAGAGUUCAAGGAAUGUCAUCCGUCCAAGCUAGCGAUAGUAUAGCUAGCUUAAGCACAAAAGCCAACUUUGUCUGCUUUUGCAUGUUAGCGAAAGUAAUUGAAGACUAUUUUGUGUCUGCUCGGUCACGUUUACGAAGCUGUGAUGAAUUGCGGCGCAACCAAACGCUCCUCACUGGUGGAAGCGACGCAAGCAGGAAUGGGUUCCUGUUAGCUGUGUUGUGCCAUCCAGUUGAUACUCAACUGUAUAUUCCACUAUAUCAGAAGCUCUGAUUAGUGAUUAGGGACUAUUCAAUACAUGGUUUCAGCUCUAGCGUAAAAUGAAUGCUAUGCUGUGUAAAAUGCCUUUUGGUGUGAUUUGGGAAUUAGGAGUGUAUGAGCCCUAAUAGUCACUCAAUCCUGACUUCCCAGUCGCUAGAAAAGCAGUUUGAGUUUGGGAACUAUCUAGAGCCACUAUAUAAAAAUGCAUAGCACGUGACUGCCGAUGUAACGUUCAGAAGCGUCGGUCCCUGGUCAAAUUGCUACCAAGUGGAAUUUUGAACUCGUUGGCUGCCAUCAACAGCAGUGGGCACCCGAUCCAUUUGAUUGCUGCUAGUCAAUGGCAGCCAUUGAGCGAAAAGACUAUCCAAGUCCACUAUAUGUUUGUGGCAGGUUAACCUCCGAGCUGGCCGGAGACGAGCGAGGAGAUGAAAUCUGAUUGAACCGAGGUCCUUCUAGCUCUUAUCUAAUUAGCUGUAUGCGCUGAGUUGACGUAUUUCUCGUCAUGGAUGUUUUCGAAUGCACUGGAUUGUCAGGACCUUCACUCUCUGUUGCCAAAACUUGUUUUCUUUGUGAAGAGGCAUUUUUUAUUUUAAUGUAUUUUUAUUUGAUUUUUUUUUUAUACGUUUUUUUUUAUACGUUGUCCAUAACUCUUCCGUUGUGUUGUUGGGAAAAGUGGAGGGAAAUUGGAAGAAAAUAUAAAAGAGCAACUCAAGGCAGCUAUGACGUAUGAGUGACUACUGUAAAACUAAUAAAGCAACGAGUUGGUUUUUA